GCAAUUUAAGUGACUAUUGAGUACAUGAUAAACCCUUACGAUAUGUUUAGUCUUGUUGGGGUGUUUGGGGUUAUCGGUUAUUCGGGGUGAUCAAUAGACGAUUCAACGACUUCACGCAUAUUUCAAAAUUUCAAAAGUUUCCAACAAUGUUUUAUAUCAGCUUGGUUUGGAUAAUUCUAAUAACUUUCGAACUAUCAGAAAACUGUUCUGCUGUAAAAAUAAAUCAAUUAAUUAUACCAGAAGUAAUAAAUGCCAGUACUCCGACAGUAUUAGAUUGCGAUUAUACACUAGAUGAUUCUAGUGAAGAAAACUUGGUGGUAAAAUGGUUCUUUAAUGAUAAUAUACUUGUUUACCAGUGGAUAGUGGGUCAUCGGCCCAUAAGCUUCGAUGUUCUGAAAAAACGAGUUGAUCUAAACUACACAGUUAAUUCCAAUCCAAAUCAACUCCACAGAGCCCUUAGGAUAAUGAACCCUACACCGGAAUUAACAGGAAAUUAUACUUGUGUAGUAUCUUCUCUCAGAUCAGAUGAUUCCCAGAAAAAACAAAUGAUUGUCUUAGGAUCAUCAGGAGGAUGUUCAUCUGUUAAAAUAACCCAAUUAAUUGUACCAGAAAUAGUAACUGCCAAUACCCCGACAAUAUUAGAUUGCGAUUAUACCAUAGACGAUCCCAGUGAAGAGAAUUUGGUAGUAAAAUGGUUCUUUAAUGAUAACAUACUUGUUUACCAGUGGAUAGUCGGUCGUCAACCCAUAAGUAUCGGUAUUCUGAGGAAACGAGUUGAUUUAAACCACACAGUUAAUUCUAAUCCAAAUCAACUUUACAGAGCCCUUAGGAUAAUGAACCCUACACCGGAGUUAACAGGAAAUUAUACUUGUGUAGUAUCUUCUCCGAGAUCAGAAGAUUCUCAGAAAAAACAAAUGAUUGUCUUAGUACCUCCUUCUUCGUUUGAUCUUGAAUUAGUUUUGAUCGAAUCCAGAAAUUACGAAAUAAGAUGUAUAGCGAAGGGUGUUUUCCCUAUACCAAAUAUAACGAUACGUUUGGGAGAAAGACUUUUGAAUGAUACGACAGUGAUCGUCAUGCCAAAUAACAACGCAUUCGACGUUACUGCCAAAUCUACAAUUUACAUUGAUAAGGAAGAAAAGGACUUUUCCUGUCAACUAAAUAUACCACAAACUACGUAUUCAGUUACAAGAAAAAGGAUUUUAUCCACUAUUGAGAGUGUUUCUACUGCUUAUAAACAUUCUUCAUCACUUUUAUUGGUUUUAAUUCAUAUUAAAAUGAUUUUAAUUCCAUUUUAUUUAUAAAAACCGUAUAAUAGUACAUUAUUCAAUGAGUGAGUAAUAGCCAUUACUUGCGAAUAUAAUAAUACUAUACUUUAUCUACAACUAUCAGGAAAUAUAAUACAAUAUAUUAUUAAUUCUUAUCAAUAUGACAAUUAAUGACAAUUAUUAAGAGUUGCAGGGGAGGUAUUUUCCUUGUUCUAAUUUGUUAUUUAUGUUGUCGUCUAUAUAAUUUCAGGCGUUUUAGGAACGCUUACAGCUUCAUAUAAUUUUCUAGAUGGAUGUUAUGGUGACUAUAGAAUUUUUUAACAUCGAAUGGGAAGCCUAUAGUGGAGAUGACUGUUUAAUGCAGCAAAAUACACGAUUAGCACAUUUAUAGCAAAAGACGUGGGCUUUUAAGUCACUAUUUUUUAAUUUACAAGAGUAAGAACUGUCAUUACUCAUCAAUAAUCUCUUAAUAAUCCAUAAAUGAUAUGAUAGUUGUAGAAAAGACUGUUUUUUAUUGUUUUCGAACAAAUAUUGUAAUUUAAAAAAAGUAAUCAAUGUCUAGUAAAUUUCAUUUAAUUGUAAAAAUAUAUUAUAGAAUUGCUAUUUUUGUAUCUCAUUGUAUAAUAAAUAAGAAUUGGUAAGAA